UUCAAUGUUAAAUCAGCUUUAAUUUUGUGAACUCAGUUGCUACGUUUACUGUACAAGUGCUUUCGCCUGGUUGAGUGUUGUUGUUUUAAAUUUGCUCUAGUAUCAGCGGUACAGAGGCAAAGCCACUUUACAAGAACAUGAACGUCGUUGUUGAACGAAAUUAAAGCAUCUCUCCUUCAGUCAAAGGAGCUGCUUAAUUUUGAUGAAGUGAGCUGAUUGAAAUGCUCUGGUUACAAACAAUCUGCAUGAUUUAACUGAACAUUGGCUGGUCGAGUGUGAUUAAUGAUCCAGCCAGGGGAGACUAUUCAUUGUAGCUCAGGACAAAGCUGGGUUAUCUCCCAUCUCAUAGGCUCUGGGAAGUGCUGUGACGUGUAUGCCGCGGAUAUUCAGGGGAGUGAAGAGGCAAAGACGGCAAUAAAGUUUUACAAAGAAGGACAACGGUAUGACUGUGCCUGUAGAAGGGAGAAGUCUUUACUUAACGUGGUGUUUCAAGAACAAGGCCCAGUAGCCCAGCUAGUACAAGCCAAGGAUCAUGGAGUGUGGCACGGACGUCCAUACCUGGUACAGGAGCUGUUAUCACUGAGUCUGUGCCAGCUGAGGGUGAAGACAGGGGAGGAGGGGCUGACAGUAUGGCUGUGUCAGAAACUGGUCAGGGACACUCUCAGAGCUUUGCUUCGUAUCCAUCGUUCAGGCUUUGUGCAUGCUGACUUGAAGCCAUCCAAUUUGAUGUGGAGUGGAGCAGAUGGUUGUCUGAAGCUGAUAGACUUUGGGCUCAGUUUUCAUGUCGAAGACCAGGAUGUUGGAAGAGUUCAGUCCCCUGGUUAUGAAGCUCCAGAGGCCGUCACCUGGAACAGUGGUGCCACCUGUAGGACAAAGCUGUCCUCACAUAUUGACAUGUGGAGCAUGGGCUGUCUACUCUUGUGGAUGUUGACUGGUAAAAAAUUACCUCAGAUAGAGGAGUGUGGACAGAGUUGUGUAAACUGUAAGACAGUGGACAACAAGGAGAAGUGUAAGUAUGGUGCCAUAGCUUGUGAGAUGAUUGGAAAGAUACUGAGUGGAAAACAGCACGGUACGAGAGAAGCGAUGGAUUUAAUUACAGGACUACUGAAGUGCAUACCAGGACAAAGGCUGAGCUGUGAACAAGCCCUACAACUGCCAUUCUUCUCGGUAGUGUUCGAGCCCACCUUUAAGGACUUGUUAGUUCUGCCCACAUGUAUAGUAAGACUGGUUAAUACAGUGGACAGAGGAGAUCUUCAGGACGUGGAAGUCUUAAAAGAAAUUAAGACUGAUAUUGAGGCAGAAUGCAGCCUGUUUGGAAUGGUGGAGUCUUGUGUUAUUCCUACAGAAGGAGCCGGAGUGGAAAAGGUUUUUGUUAAAUAUAGAAAUGCAGACCAUGCCGAAAAAGCUUUCGAGAAACUGAACGGGAGGAUGUUCAACGACAGAACUGUUAUUACCACGUUCUUCUGUACAGAGGCGUUCCAAAAUCAACAGUAUUUCUGAUAUAUUCUGAUUCGGCCUUUUCAUAAUGUACAUGCACAUAGUAAUAAACACUGAGCGUAUCGCAUGGAAUGUAAUGAAAGUUUACGGGGUCUUUUGGCUUGUCUGUCACUCUGUCACGCAUCGAUUUCUGUGCAAUACAACUUCUCCAAAUAUUGACAAAUUUCGGUUUAAAAUUUGUGUCAGAAGGUAGAAUCUCACAUCUGGUUGGAAUGUCAGCUCAAGUGGCGCAUACGUUUUGUGUAUUUUUUCCUUGACAUCUGAUUAAUUAUUGAUUUCUGUGUAGUAAUUUAUUCAGAUACUUUCCCACACCAAUGUUUGACAGGUUCGUUUUGUACCAUUUUCCAGUUUGAAAACAAAUGUACACCCAUCAGUCUUGAGUAUCAAUUGCGUGUUUGACGUGUCACUGUGCAGCUUGUUUUUGCAUGUUGCAGUUGGAACUUUAUCUCUUCUUGACAAAUGUAGACGGUAAAACAAAUAAACCCGCGAGGAGUAACGUGAAAACCCUCGAGGAGUAACGUGAAGCUAUCAUUCUUUAGAAAAGACACAGGCACUGAUGUCCAAAAAUAAUUCUAAGUGCAUUUGACAUUGAAAA